CUGCUCAGAUGUGGUGUCUAGCAAGGUUUUUACCUCUUAUUAUUGGAGCAAAAGUGCCCGAGGUUGAUGAGCAUUGGCAAUUGUUUUUGAAAAUGUUGGAUAUAGCAGACAUGAUCUUUUCACCUGUUACAAGCUAUAACCAAGCUUCCUAUUUGGCUGUGUUAAUUGAAGAACACCAUACAGAAUUUAAAAGGCUAUACCCGAAUUGCUCAAUAAUACCUAAGAUGCACUAUCUAAUUCAUUACCCUCGUACAAUGAUCAGGUAGAAUAUUAACAGUAUUAUUGUACCAUAUUUUUCUUCAAUAUUUAUGAACCCAAACUAAUCAUAAUCUUCCAGAGAACAUUAAAUGUAGUUCAUCAGUUAACAUUUUUAAACAUAAAUUACGUAAAUAUCUUUUAGGAAAUCAUUCAUAGUAGCAUUUGGCCUUUAACAAUUUUUACAUCCAUACCAGUAAUUAGUUAGUUAGAAUUUCAUGUUAGUAUAUCUUAUAAUUUUUUGUAAUUGUUAAUUGGCUCCGAAAAGCCCCGUUGGGGAGAGUUCAAUAAAUUAUUGUAUUGUAUUGUAUUGUACUGUAAUCAUCUGUUUGUUGAUCUACAUGUUCUGUGAUUAUGCUAGUGGUUUUAACUUGUGGUAUUGUGCAUAUUUUGGUAACAUUGCAUUUAAACUUAUCAGGAUUCAUGCCUCAUUAGCAGAAACUUAUCAGAACAUACUCUGUUUGUCUGCAGAAGCUCAUCAGUUUAAUUUACAUAAUCCAUUAUUAGCUAACAAUCCUACAUACAUACAUUUUAGAUUGGGACCAAUGAUGACAAGUUGGUGUAUGCGCUUUGAGGCCAAACAUCAAUAUUUUAAGAAGUUAGCUGCAGGUCUUGGAAAUUUUAAAAACCUCGCUCUCACAUUGGCAACAAGACAUCAAAACAAACAAUGUUACACCAAAUUCAACAUUUGUAAGCCAACAGAACGUGGACCAGGUAAGUUUGUUUAAAAAAAUACAGUACUGACUAUUGUGUGCAGUCAACACUGUAGUGGUUGUCUGCUAGAUACUUUAUUACAGUAUAUACAGUAUACGGUACCAUUCUAUUUCAACAGGAAAGUUGCACAAAGCUGGCACAACCAAUUAUUUUCAACUGGUAAAGAAGAAAGUUCCUGAAGUAACUAUGGACUGUGAUAUUACUGUGUAAGUGUGUAUGUUAAUUUAGUCAACUUUAAUUGGCCAGUAUAAACACCUAUAAUGCCAAUAGUUAAAUUAACCCAUUGCCUGGAAAUGUACUAACUUUGCUCUACUUAACCCAUCAAGCCAAAAUACACACAAAUGCGCCCUGCUUUGUUCUUUUACUGUGUCUAAUGCCAGACGAUUGUCUCGUCAAGGAGAGAGUCUUGUGCUUUAAUGGGUUCACCACACAAUCUACCCAUGUGUCUUCCCUAACAAAAAAAGUCUAUAGGCCAACCUAUAGGUUUCUAUAGGUUUUUAUAGGCAAUUGGAACAUUUUCUAUAGGUGACCUAAUUAGGGAUGCCUAUAAGUCUAUAGAGCUCUAUAGGUGCCUAAAGGCUUCUAUAGGGAAUUGGAACAAUUCCUAUAGGAACCUAUAGGCUACCUAUAGACUUUUUUCGUAAGGGUUGUUAAACCAUUAAGCCGCAAUGUGCCUUAUUUUAUUUUUUUACUCUGUCUAACGCCAGACAAUUGUACUCGUCAAGGAGAGAGUCUAACUUGCACUUUAAUGGGUUCACCACACAGUCGCAAUAAAGGCAGGACAAAACUUCCUAGCCAAAUAACCCCUUCCCCUUGAUCCAAUAACAAUGCUUUAAUGAAGCCUUACAUAACUUAAUGGUUUGAAAACAAUGCAUUUCAACCCAUGAAGGGGGAUUAUUGUUAUUAUAGCAACCAAAAUUUAUUGUUUUUUUUAGGUUUACAUGGAUUUCUGUAUAUGGAACAAAGUAUAAAAUUGGUGCUGUGGUCCAGACUGGUUUUCAUAACCUGCUCCCAGUCUUUGGAGUUAUCCACAAGAUAAUCAUUGUUUGUAGUGGUCCAUCAAAGCCUUAUUUUGUGGUUGAAAUCAUGGACACUAUAUGUUUAAAUGAGCAUUAUCACUCUUAUGAGGUUGAAAGAUCCAAGGAAAAAUCAUUUGAAAUUCACUCCCAAGAUGACUUUAUAACAUUUCUUCCAAUGAAUAUUACAAGCCCUGUUAAUGCUACUGGCCU